AUGUUAAGGAAUUCUACUCUGUUUUCUGAGACCCCAGUGACAUACUGGGGGCAAUUCGAUGACAUUUCAAAAUACAACCCCCAGCUUAACGUUGUCGAAAGACUUUGGACUGCUUGGUAUGCUUGGAUGCAGAAUGAUGUUCUCGCAACUGGCAUCAUGUCGUUUGUCAUGCAUGAGCUUGUUUAUUUCGGUCGCUCCUUGCCAUGGAUCCUCAUAGAUAGCACGGGGUUUUUGAAAAACUACAAAAUACAAAAUAACAAAAUACCCUCAGUACGAGAACAAUGGGACUGUGCGAAGUUUGUCUUGCUCAGUCAUUUCACUGUGGAAUUGCCACAGAUUUGGCUCUUUCACCCAAUGGCUCAAUUCUUCGGCCUUUCGACCUCCGUUCCGUUCCCGUCUGUCUGGACCAUGGCUUACCAGAUUGCGGUGUUCUUUGUACUUGAAGAUACUUGGCACUACUUUUCUCACCGCGCGCUACACUGGGGCCCUCUCUAUAAGGCGAUCCACAAGAUCCAUCACCAGUACUCAGCGCCUUUUGGAAUGGCAGCUGAGUACGCCUCACCUAUUGAAGUCAUGAUUCUGGGCUUUGGCACCGUUGGGUGCCCGAUCCUCUGGUGUGCAAUCACCGGGGACUUGCAUAUUUUCACCAUGUAUGUUUGGAUUGUGCUACGUCUGUUCCAGGCGGUCGACUCGCACAGCGGCUAUGAGUUUCCUUGGAGUCUUCACCACUUCCUUCCAUUCUGGGCCGGUGCCGAUCAUCAUGACCUGCAUCAUGAGAAAUUCGUGGGAAACUAUUCGAGCAGUUUCAGGUGGUGGGAUUACCUGCUCAAUACCGAGUACUCUCUUGAGGCGACUCAACGACGGAGAGAAGAUAAGGUGUCCAAGAAGGCGCAGUAA